UAAAAGUAUUUUAGCCUUUGACUUUAGUAAUUCAUGCGUAAUAAUGAAACCCUUUUCCAUUCAGGAUGGUGGGUCUGUUUUCUCAUGGCUUCUUGGCUGGCUGUGCUGUGUGGAAUAUUAUUGUGAUAUAUGUUCUAGCAGGACAUCAGCUUUCUAACCUCCCCAACCUUCUGCAACAAUACAAGACGUUAGCAUAUCCAUUCCAGAGUCUUCUCUACUUGCUUUUGGCUCUAAGUACAGUUUCAGCUUUUGACAGGAUUGACUUUGCCAAAACAUCAGUAGCAAUCCGAAAUUUUCUUGCCCUGGAUCCAACAGCUUUUGCAUCUUUCUUGUACUUCGCUGCUCUUAUACUGUCUCUGAGUCAGCAAAUGACAAGUGACAGAAUCCACCUUUACACACCUUCUUCUGUUAAUGGCAGCCUCUGGUAAGAUUCAAAUGGCAUUCGCAAUU